AUGGAUUGGCUGGGACCACUAGAAGGGGCUGUUUUUGCUGAUUAUGGAACUGAUCUUGGAUCAGCCCUACUAUGUAAUGAUUUGUUGCUUACAUCAGGUGAUCCAGCUGGGGCAAGGCUAAAACCUGGAAGUGGAUAUGGAUAUGGAUUUGGCAUACGUGUGGACUCUCCUUUGGGGCCUCUGCGUCUAGAAUAUGCUUUCAAUGACCAUAAAGCUGGAGGUUUCACUUUGGGGUUGGCCUUCGGAACUAGGCAAGUUCUCUUUACAUCCACUUGUUCGCGUUGA